AUGUCCUUCAGUAUCACGGCCUUCAUGGCUUCCUCGUCGCCCUCCAAGGGCUCCGAACCCGCCCCCGGCGCCCUCCGUACCACACGAUCCUUCUCGCGUCACGAAUCGCAGCAGGCCCCAGAGCCCUUGACGCGCUCCCAGCGGGCAAACACCUUCCAGAACGGCAGCUCGACCCCCGAGAUCACCGUGGGGCAGCACAGGUCCCCGAAGUCCGCCGCCCCGGAUGCCUUCGAGGCCGAUGAGGCCGACGACCCUGUCGAGCCCCCGAGAGCUUCCGUCGACCUGGAUGACAUCCCAAUCGAGCUGGUCAGCACCAUAGACAACUUCAUCGACUCGCUGAAUGCCAAAGUCCAACCGUCGCCCCCGAAUAUUGAGAAGAUCUCGAGACGCUUCCAGGAUUUCUACGCAACCGCCGCCCAGCACAUCCAGACACACGUCGCAAGUCUGGCCACAAUACAGAACCGCACCGACUCUGCGCGGCCCGCCAUCGCCACCAGGCCGUCGGCCGCCAGCCUUCUCCGAGCCAAGGCCGCGUCGCUAGCCAACAAGGAGAAGCCCAAGGGCGCCUCGACGCCAGAGCCGGAGCAGCAGAUGCUCACUGCUGAGGAGUUCGCCAAGAGGAAAAAGGCGAGAAAGGCGCUGGAGCACAAGAAGGUGCUCCUCGAGGAGGCCGUGGAAAGGCGGCUGUGCGAGGGCAUAUACGACCGCAUCUACCGUCAUAGAACCACACACGAUGAGGCCCAGGACGACAAGCUGAGGUCGAAAACGGCUGCCCUAGCCUUGGUGGGCAUUGGGCCGGCAGACUUGGGGGUCGACCUUGGUGAACCUGCCGACGACGGCCCCGAAGCUGCCGCAAAGAAGCAGGCCGAGAUCAGCCAGUAUCUGGAGCAGGCGCGGAAGGACUUGAUCGUCAUGAACGAGAAGAGGUACCCACUGGGCAAGCUGAAUUAUCUCAAGGCGGCGCACAAGAGCAUUGUAGACACGCUUUCUCACUUUCAUCCCUCUUCGUCAGCGGACGAGAUCAUGCCCAUGCUCAUUUACACCCUGAUUACGAUGCCUCCGGAGAAGCUGAAUGUCAUCAGUGACUCUCAGUUCAUCCAACGAUUCCGCUGGGAAGAGAAGCUCGAGGGCGAAGCCGCGUACUGCCUCACUAAUCUCGAGGCGGCCAUUACCUUCCUCGAAACGGUUGACCUGGCCAGUCUUCGCGCAGAUGAGUCUCUGGCCGGCCCAUCCAAGCUCGGAAGCACGCCGGGGACUCCGAGGAACGAGACAUUCCCUCCGGCGUAUACCCCUGGCCUCUCUGCAGCUGCUUCCAGCCCGGCCGUCGUCACACCGGCGAGUGCUUCUAGCAUGAAACCGCCACCCUCUCCCACGACUGCUCGGGCAACAAUGCAGCGCCGUAGGCUGAGCGAUCUCAUACAGACGCCGGCACAAGCGAUUGGGAACGCCAGCGACUCGUUCUUCAAUUCUGCGGAUCAGAGCAUCAAAAACAUCAGCACCAGUCUGGAGGGGAGCUACAAGUUUUGGGUAGGCAAAUUCAAGGAGACCACGGCAGGUGGGAAGGAUAUAGAGGUGCCAAAGACCUUGGAAGACGCUCGAAAGCUGAUUGGAACGCCUCCUCCGGACGAUGAUGCUUCCGUCGACGGGACGAGCUCGGUGCAAGGCGUGGACGACAACGAGAGCCCCGCGGCCAGCAGAGAAGACCGGGUUCUGAGUCUCGUCGGUGGCAGAAAGGCAUCCAUUGCCUCGAGGGACCGAAGCACGGACAGCACGCGGAGCGCUCGUAGUGCGAGCAGCUCAAAGAAGGUGGUCUUUGCCGCCGAAGACAACAAGGAGAAGGCCCCGGGGACUACGGCGACCCCGCCUCCCAACGCGUCAAACCCUGCCUUGGUUGACCAGGUGCGGAAUCUAGGCAAUUCCCUGAAUCCGAUGAACAGGUUCUCGGGGAUCAGCAUGAUGCGUGGUUUCGGCCGAUCCGCCACCACGCCUGUCCCGGCCGCGGCCGGAAAGGACCAACCUGCCGCCAAGACGGUGGAUGGCGGCGACCUGGCCACAGCAUUCCCCGACAUCGCCGCGGCGCUGCCCCCAAAGGACGUGCCGCAGAUCAAGCCGCCCAACAAGCGCUUCAUGGAGCUGCAGAACCCGGCCGACCUCCGGCUCGGCGAGGUGCUGGAGCUGCUGCGCGACUACCGACGGCUGGCCAACGCGUUGAAGGAGCGCGAUGCGUUCAAGGAGGCUUGA